AUGUGGCCUUGGCAGGUCAGCCUGCGGUAUAAUGGACGUGCUAUUUGUGGAGGAUCCCUCAUCUCCAAUCAGUGGGUGAUGUCUGCUGCUCACUGCGUCCAGUUUUCAUCAUUGCCCUCUCGUUACUCUGUAUACCUUGGGGCAUACAGACUGGACAGCCCAACUGCCAAUGAAGUGGGGGUGAGAGUGAUCAAGAUCAUUGUUAGUUCCAAGUUCAGUGGCAUGGGAAGCAGUGGAGACAUCGCUUUGCUGGGACUGGCAAAUCCCAUCACCUUCACCCAGUUCAUUCAACCCAUCUGUAUCCCGCAGGCGUCUAUGGUCUUCUCUCCGGGAACAAAUUGUUGGGUCACCGGCUGGGGAGACACAAAGUAUGGAGGUAAAAAUAAUUCUAUGUUCUUGUACAAUGCAUCUAGCCAAGUCUGA